GAGAGCAGCGGGAGUUGUAGUCCACAAAGCGCCCCACACAAAAACUAACCGUAUCAAACUCCUACCCGCUAAAUUAUAGUUUUCUUUGCAUGAAAAAUUAUCAUUUAAAUCCACAAACAACAUAUGUGUAAUCCGGGGCAUAUAAAGACUGGGAUCAGAAAAUAAUUACUUUCUCUCCAUUGACACCCAUUCAUUUUUUUCGGUCUCAUAGGUCCCAUGAGCAAUGGCGACUUACGAGCUCUAUAGUGCACCAUGUAAUGCACCUGCACGUCGUAAUAAUACGCGUGCACGCCGUAAUAAUACGCGUGCAUGGCUGCGUUAGUUGCGCGCGCCUCUUAAAGUCUUUUGCGCUCCCAUUUAUUAUAGACAUGACGCCAUACCUUCUCAGGCCCACCCGGCUGGCCUCUCUGGCUUUGCUGGUGCUGAUGCUGGGGGUUGAUGAGGUCACCGGGUUAGGACUGGACUCAAGGCCCAACUUCGUCUUGAUCAUGGUGGACGACUUGGGGAUUGGCGACGUGGGCUGCUAUGGCAACCACACUAUAAGGACGCCCAACAUAGACCGCCUGGCUCUGGAAGGCGUGAAGCUGAGUCAACACAUCGCGGCGGCUCCUCUGUGCACCCCGAGCCGUGCGGCGUUCCUGACCGGACGCUACGCACUGCGCUCAGGGCUGGCCAGUAGUGGUCGUGUGCCAGUGCUGCUGUUUCUGGCUGGGUCAGGGGGAUUGCCCCCCACAGAGACCACCUUUGCAAAGCGGCUCCAGAAGCAGGGGUACACCACCGGCCUCGUGGGUAAAUGGCACCUGGGUGUGAACUGCGUGAGCAGGGGAGACCACUGCCACCACCCCAACCAGCAUGGCUUCCACUACUUCUAUGGCCUUCCCUUCACCCUGUUCAACAACUGUGUUCCCGGGCAGCCCGUUGACGUGCUGGCCGACGUGGAGCAGGUCCUCAGGAGCCUAUCCCAGCUGCUGGGGCUCGCUCUGCUCACGCUGGUGUGUCUUCGUGCGCUGGGCCUCCUGAGUGUCAGCGUUGGUCUCCUGGUCGCGCUGACCUGCCUCACCGCUGGGGGGGUGGCUGUGUGGUACGUCCCCUUCUGCUUCCUGCAGACCUGGAACUGCAUCGUCAUGAGGAACCAGGAGGUGGUGGAGCAGCCGCUGGUGAUGGAGACCCUGGCUGAGAGGAUGCUGAACGAGGCCCAACACUUCAUAUCAAGGAAUGCCCAUCAGCCGUUUCUCCUCUUCUUUUCAUUGGCUCACGUUCACACGCCACUCUUCAAUAGCCCCGCCUUCGCUGGCAAAAGUCGCCACGGUGUCUAUGGUGACAAUGUUGAGGAAAUGGACUGGAUUAUAGGUCAAGUGACGGAGACGGUUGAUUCACUGGGGCUGGCCAACAACACCAUGAUGUACUUCACCUCAGACCACGGCGGACACAUAGAAGACCCGCAACGGGGCGGCUGGAACGGGAUUUAUAAAGGGGGCAAGGCCAUGGGGGGUUGGGAGGGGGGGAUCCGGGUCCCGGGUAUUUUCCGCUGGCCGGGAAGGCUGCCGGCGGGCCGGGUGGUUGACCAGCCCACCAGCCUCAUGGACCUGUACCCCACCCUCAGGCACCUGGCCCAGGACACGGAGGCGGACAGGCCGCUGGACGGCCAUGACCUCAUGCCGCUGCUGGAGGGGCGGAGCCGGCGCUCGGAGCACCAGUUCAUGUUCCACUACUGCGGCAGCUACCUCCACGCCGUGCGCUGGCAGCCCCCUGACUGCGACUCCGUCUUCAAGGUUCACUACGUCACGCCCGUCUUCUCCCCGGCGGGCACGGGCGGCUGCUCCGACCAGGAGUUCUGCUCCUGUUACGGCGAUCAAGUGACCUCCCACGACCCCCCGCUGGUCUACAACCUCCUCCAUGACCCCACCGAGUCCCGCCCCCUCAGCCCCGCCAACGAGCGCAGAUUCGCCGAGGUCCUGCGGCGCGUGGACGAGAUUGUGGCGGUACACCGGGGCACCCUGAACGAGGGCCCUGUGACCGGGGGGCCCCGGACUAAGGGCCCCGAGCACGGCGUCCCCAACCAGAUGUCCUGGGACCACAUCCUGUGGAAGCCCUGGUUACAGCCGUGCUGCGGGACCUUCCCCUUCUGCGGCUGCCAGGACAACUCCCGGCCCCCCGGGUGAAGACGGACUCUCAUUGGCCAGCUCGGAUGACAUGUGACAGCCUGGGAGCUUGUGAAGCAUGUCUAUUGCCGCUUUUCCACCGCACAUGUAGCUCGACUCGACACGACACGACUCGACACGGUAGCAGCACGGGUGCUUUUCCACCGCAAAAAGUACCUCCUGGACGUGGGCGGGGUCGGCUGCGCGAAAGGGCAGUGACGUAUUUGUGUACGCGACGCAAACAACACAUACGCAACCCACACAUGGACAGAACCCACAUAACAACAAUGGAGGACAUCGAUCACAUUACUAUUAUUAGCUGGCAUGUUGAAGAAGUUGGAGAAGUGGAACAUGUUGGCUGCGGCGCUGCUAUGGAUGUUACCAGCAUGGUUGCCAUGUCGCUCUCGUGACUUCGUCACACUCUCUGGCCAAUCAGUCGCCGGCCGUCUGCCGACGUCACCUUUUAGCAUCGGCUCAGCUCACUUGGAACCUAGAGCGAGUAGGUACUAGAAAAAGCAGCCACUUCAGGUACCAGAUACCAUGGUACCGCGGUGGAAACGCAAAAAAUGCGAGCUGAGUCGAGUCGUGUCGAGUCGUGUCGAGCUGGUACCAUGCAGUGGAAAAGCGGCAUAUGUGGCCUUGUGGUCCGUUCAUGUUUGCAAACAAUGGGCUGAGCGCAGACAAGCGCACACACGCAAAUACGUACACCUGUAUGUGAACGCACACACACCCGUAUGCUGAGGAUGCAGAGUUGACAACCAGUUGAUUAGUCUGCAAGAAAGCAGAUGGGAAAAUGUCAUGACGUUUCGGGCAAAAAAAAUAGAAAUGUGUUAAAUUGAUGCAUUUAUAUGAAACUAACGAAAUAUAAAAUAAUUGUAUAAAUACUAUGAAUAAUUAUAA